AUGAUUGGCACCGAUGAAGUGAUUACGAUUCUGAAUGCACUAUCGACGUGUCUGACGAUGCUUCCUACCCUCAUUGGCGUUGGAAUUGGACUGAAUCUCGCCACAGAGGGCAUCUGCAAGUCAGUUGAAUUCGACCUAGACCUGACAUUCUCAAUUAUGCCAAUGGCAUUUACGUCUGCGCCUGCAAUCUACUCACUGCUUCUCUACUUCUACAUGGCAUCCAAGUCGCCUAAGACGCUGAUUGGCGCAAUUCAAUGCCUUGGUGGCUGUGCUCUACAAGGAUUCGCAUGUGCCUUCUGUGGAUACGUGAUGGGCGGAAUAGCCAAGGACGCAGCCAUUGCCCGUGCGAAACAGAAGAAGUUCACGUCAAGCUACUUCUUGCUGCUGAUAUUUGGGGAGUUGAUUGGGCUUCUUUCACUGGUCUUAGGAAUGUUGAUUCUGUCUAAGGCAAAAUAG